AUGGAGUCCGUCACCGACGUCUUACAGCGAAAGUCGCAGAACAUUGCUGUUCAAACCAACCCAGCACACGACCUGCAUGUCGUCGAUGUAGACGUUCCGGAGCCAGGCCCCACAGACUGCCUAGUCCAUGUCCGCGCAACUGGCAUUUGUGGCUCAGAUGUGCACUUUUGGAAGCACGGCCAUAUCGGCGACAUGGUGGUUUGCGGCGAGAACGGACUUGGUCAUGAAAGCGCGGGCGUGGUAAUCAAAACAGGCAAAGAGGUAACGAGGUUCAAACCAGGUGACAGAGUCGCCCUCGAGUGCGGCAUUCCUUGUUCCAAGCCAACUUGUUACCACUGCCGAACCGGCAAAUAUAACGCUUGUCCCGAUGUCGUCUUCUUCUCGACUCCUCCUUAUCACGGCACCCUGCGUCGCUAUCAUGUGCACCCUGAGGCUUGGUUGCAUCAUUUGCCCAGCAGCCUAAGCUAUGAGGAAGGGUCGUUGCUCGAGCCUCUUUCGGUGGCGCUCGCCGGUAUCGACAGGUCUAAUCUUCGUCUAGGGGACCCGCUAGUCAUUUGCGGUGCUGGACCUAUCGGUUUGGUGUCUCUUCUUGCGGCUCAUGCAGCUGGCGCCGCACCAAUUGUCAUCACUGACCUGGACGAGAACCGCCUGGCCAAGGCCAAGGAACUUGUUCCCCGGGUUCGCACUGUACGUGCCGAGCGUGGCGAUGAUCCUAAGACUCUGGGGAAGAAGAUGGUGGAUGCCCUCGGGGCUGAGGCACGACUGGUAUUAGAGUGCACUGGAGUAGAGUCCAGCAUCCAUGCCGGAAUCUAUGCUUCGGCGUUUGGGGCCUCAGUCUUUGUUAUUGGUGUUGGAAAGGAUUUUCAGAACAUUCCUUUCAUGCACCUCUCGUCCAGAGAGAUUGAUCUUCGCUUUCAAUAUCGAUAUCAUGACACAUAUCCCAAGGCAAUCAGUAUUGUAACUGAAGGACUGAUUGACCUGAAGCCUCUUGUUACACAUCGGUUCAAGCUGGAGGAGGGUUUAGAGGCAUUUGCAGCAGCGUCGAACCCGGCGUCCAAGGCUAUCAAAGUUCAAAUCCUUGAUGAUUGA